AUGCAGAUUCACUACUCCAUCCCAGAGGACCAGGAUCCAGGCUCUUACGUGGGGAAUAUUGCCAAGGAUCUGGGAGUGGAUGUGCGGACUCUGCGUGCUCGCCGCUUGCAGCUGGUCAGUGAGGGAAUGCGCCAAUACUUCCAAGUGAACCUGGCAGACGGCAUGUUACUCGUCAAUGAGAGGUUAGAUCGGGAAAUGCUGUGUAGCUCCAGCCCCAGGUGUUCUUUUCCUUUUCAGUUGGUGCUGGAGAAACCAUUGCAACUUAACCGGGUGGAGGUGGAGAUACUGGAUGUGAAUGACAAUGCCCCCCGAUUCCCAAAGGACACUGUUUCUUUAGAAAUUACUGAGGUUGCCAACCUAGGCACUCGAUUACGGCUGGAAGUUGCAGAAGAUCAAGACACCGGUUCCAAUUCCAUUGCAACCUAUGAGCUCAGUCCAAAUGAACAUUUUGCUUUGAGUAUCAAUAUCAGAGGGGAUGGGGUCAAAAUUCCUGAAAUUGUAUUGGAAAAGCUCCUGGACAGGGAAAAAGCAGCUACCCAUCAUUUAAUCCUGACUGCCCUAGAUAGUGGAAAUCCUGUUCAGUCAGGCACUGUUCAGGUAACAGUCCAUGUACUUGAUGCAAAUGAUAAUCCCCCAGUGUGUGAACCACCUGUAUCAAAGGUUUAUUUGGAGGAAAAUAUCCAGGUGGGGACUAUUGUAACAAAACUCAAUGUUACUGACUUGGAUGAAGGACCUAAUGGAGAAGUUGAAUAUUUCUUCAAAUCCAGCAGCAGUGUACAGCUAAAACUCCUUGAUGUGUUUAGUCUGGACUCUCAAACAGGGGAAAUCAAGACAAAAGUUUUAUUGGAUUAUGAAGAAGCUAAUGCAUAUGAAAUAGCCAUCUACAUUAAAGACAAGGGAUCCCCUGCUAUGGAAGGUCACUGCAAUAUUAGAGUAGAACUUGUUGAUGUUAAUGACAACAGUCCAGAGAUUAUGAUGACCACUCUUUCUAGCUCAGUACAAGAAGAUGCACCCAUAGGAACCGUCAUUGCACUUAUCCACGCAAAGGACAACGAUUCUGAGGAGAAUGGGCAAGUCCGCUUGGAGAUUCCAAGGCAUGUACCAUUUAAAUUGGUGUCUUCAUUUAAAGGACAUUAUUCACUAGUGACUAAUACCCCACUUGAUCGAGAGAAGACUGCUGGAUACAAUAUCAAAAUUAAAGCAACAGAUUCUGGAAUACCUCAAAAGUCAACUGAGAAAAAUAUAUUAAUUCAAGUUUCAGAUAUAAAUGACAAUGCACCCACUUUCUCCAUCCCUUCCUACACAGCCCAUGUGGAGGAAAAUACAUCUCCGGGAACUCUAGUCUUUUCUGUGUCGGCCUGCGAUCCAGAUGUAGGUGUCAAUUCCAAGCUAUCUUAUUCCAUAGUGGACACUGGAAAUCAGGGCUUGCCCAUCUCAACCUAUUUCCACAUCAAUCAAGAGAAUGGCAGUAUUUAUACCUCCAGGGUUCUAGAUUAUGAGCAAGAAAAAGUCUUUCAAGUUUCAGUAGAGGUGAAAGAUUCAGGUUUCCCACCGCUAAGCAGCACAACCACUCUUCAUCUGUUCAUAGUGGAUCAGAAUGAUAAUGCACCUGUAAUUGUACACCCAGAAGUUCCCAAAGGUUCUGCCUUUCAUCAGUCACUUCUAAUCCCAGUAGAACCUGGAUAUCUGGUGACUAAAGUAGUGGCAGUGGAUGCUGACAGUGGCCAUAAUGCAUGGGUUUCAUACCAGUUGCUCCAUGAGACAAAUGAGCUAAAUGCUUUUAAAGUAGAAGACCACUCAGGAGAGAUCCGUCAAACACAACCUAACACAGACUGGCGUUUUUCUCAGGCUCAAAGACCAGGAACUAGUGGAUCUCAGAAUGGAGAUGAAAAUGGAACUUGGCCAAACAAUCAGUUUGACACCGAAAUGCUUCAGGCUAUGAUUUUAGCAUCAGCAAAUGAAGCUGCUGCCGCCGCUGCAGCUAACCCAGAUGGAAAUUCUACUCUGGGAGGAGGAGCAACAGCAGGCACCAUGGGGCUCAGCGCCAGGUAUGGCCCCCAAUUCACCCUUCAGCAUGUUCCUGAUUAUAGACAGAACGUGUAUAUCCCUGGGAGCACUGCUACCCUUUCCAAUUCUGCUGGCAAACGUGAUGGAAAACCGGCAGCCUCUGGAGGGGGAAAUAAGAAGAAGUCAGGAAAGAAAGAGAAGAAGUAGGAUCCACAGGAUAACACAGCCACUUCCACGUAAAUCUAAAGGGCAAACUCUUCCAGCACUCCCCCAGUUCAUAGCCUAGGAUGGAAGAUGAAUGUGAAUUUGUGGUUAAACUUUUUUUAAAAUAUGGAACAUUGUGAAUGUACAUUGUUGUUGUCAUCUAAGAUUAUGAGUAGAUGUACUGCUGUUAUUCAUGAAGAAAAAUAUCUGAAUAAUAACAAAUACAGUGUAUACUCUUUUGAGGACAAUCUAAUAUGCAAGGGUGUCAGAUCUUAGAAACAUUUUCUUUCCUGAACGAUCUGCAUCACCAACAAAAUUUAGGAUGGGCUCUGCUCAUUGUAAAUAAUUAUUCUGAACAGAGUUUUUUAUUUAUAUAAGUUCCUUCAUUUUUACAAAAAUUCUCACUUUUCCAAAUUUUGAUAGAAGUUCUUGGGGGGGGAGGGUUAGACAUCAUUUCAGCUGGAAUCCUUGUUAUGAUAUUGAUAGGGAGUGCUUUAAUUCCUGCUUUGUUUUAAAAGAAAUGUGUAUCCUGUAUUAUUAUAAGAGAAUGAGAUUCAGCUACAUUUAUCUUUUUUACAAGUUUAACCAAUGAUGGCCAGAAAAAAAUUAAACUGACAUUGUAAUUUCUGAGAAGCAAGGAGUGCAUUGCAAUGGGAAAAACUUCCAUGCACAAAAUAUGUCGUAGAUAUUAGCAAGACAGAGAACACUGUCACUCAUGACUGAUUUACAGUGAUCUCUAAAGAGGCAACACAUCUCAUCUACAUCAGUAUGUACAGUAAAUGUUUUCUAGAAAAAUUUGAAGAAAAAAGUCACUCACUUGUGAGCAUAGUGAGCUACUGCUCAUAUCUUUGCUUGACUCCUGAGGGAGAUGUCUUUGUUAACUGGAUGAGCUCUGCUGAUCUUAUAGGUAGACCAUUAAAAAUAGAAUGCUUCACAUUUUUCUGCACAUCAAACUGCAUGCAAAUCACUUCACAUUUACAGGACAGCUGACUUCACACCCAAGCUUGAAUUGGAAAAUUUAUUGCAUGACAUGAACAGCAUGUUAAUAUGCUCUCAAGUGCCCACAUCAGCACUGUCUAUGAGUAACACUUAUCACUAACAAGAUGCAUUGCCCUUCCUCAGAGAUUGGGAAGCUUGUGUAUUUCAUUUCUCUGUGCAGUAUAGCUAAAAAAUAAUGUUGGCCUUCACAAUUUUAUAUUAAGUAGACAGUGGCUGAUUUGGGAAAGUUAAGGGACCAGGCCCAAUUAAGGUAUACUGGAAUUAGAACUGGACAAAUUGCAAAGCCAAUCACUUUAUUCCUGAACUUGUUAUAAAUAUUAAACAAAUGACAUUGUAUUGAUACAAUCAGGCAAUUUGAGACCCCUCCCACUACCUCUUCUUGGAUAUGAAUAGAAAUUAAAAUAUUAAAAAUACAAUUUGUGUUACUGUGUUUUGAAAUUGCUAGACUUACUCUUUUUUACUGGAUCAUUUCGUAGCCUAGUAUGGACAAGAAGUGAAGUUUCCUAACUCUGGCCCAUAAUGUAAUGGCACUCUGAGUCAGGUAGGAAAUUGUAAUGUUACUUGGCAACAUUGGUUGCCUUUCUAGAUAUAUUGUAGGUUUCCUGUACUAUCUUAUGAUUUUCUUUGUUGCAACAAAAGAGCCAUAAAGAAUCAGAGGAGCAUAUUUCCAACAUGGAGGGCGAACCACUAGUCCAAGAUUUUAUUUUACACUGUAAUAGCUUGCUUGAAAUAGUCAAAACAGGUCAGUCCAAACAUAUGACAAGUUUCCGAAGUUGCCUCCCAAACUGAUUGGCUAUGUUGUUGUCACUGCUAAGAGCAUUUUAUACACUAUUUGAUGCUUUCCCUGUGUCUAGAAAGUAGGACUUGUCUACAAGAAGUUUCUGUCUACAUAUGGGUUUUGUAGUGAUCCCAAAUGCUUCUCCAUCAACUUUUUCUUUGGUGACUGCACUAGAAACAGUUUACAUAGUUAGUGAAAUAGACAACAAACUAGUGGGAUGUUCUGUAGCAUGAGCCACAUUUAAAUAAAUGAGAGCGCAAUAGUCCUGUCACAUGGCUCCCAUUUAUCUCAAUGCAGUUUGUGCAGGUACACCUCUGCUGGAUUGUGCCUAAAGCUUCUUAUGUAAUCAAGUAGUUAACAUGUGACCUUUCCCAAAGUACUAUAGAUGAAUCUUAGUUAAUCUUGUUUUUCAUCUACACCUGAAAAUAGUGUAGUAGUGCCUAGUGAUGUGUGUUUUUUAUUUGUUUAAUCUUAGUAAUUGAGUUGUGGACAUCAGUAUUUUAUAUUCUUUUGAAUCUUCUUCAUGUGUGUUCAUUGUGCUUUUAACUGUAUGUGAAUUGAAACACACUUACUUGUCCCUCCAAUGUGUCUAAUAUUGAGCUAUACUUAUAUAUUAUAUAUAUGCUUAUAUCCUUCUUAUAUCCAUGUAACUGAUAUUGAUGUGUUAACACGCAAGUUUUAUACUCUAAUAUUUAUAUUGCUUUUUUCUUUGAGAAAAAUA